UAAAAAAGUCCAAAAACAUAGGAGUGUAGACUGGUAAGAGAGCGUUGGGGGUAAGCGGUCAUCCUCGUCAAGUGCCGCCAUAUCUACACCUCGUAAUCCACGUUAAUAAAAAAAGAAAGAAAGAAAGAAAGAAAAGAAUGAGGUUGUUGAAAGUAGCAACGUGUAAUCUGAAUCAAUGGGCAAUGGAAUUCGAUUGCAAUAUAAAGAAUAUAAAACAAUCAAUAAAGAUUGCUAAAGAAAGUGGGGCUGUUAUUAGGCUUGGUCCUGAGCUUGAAAUCACUGGUUAUGGUUGUGAAGAUCAUUUCUUGGAACUUGACACUAUUUCUCAUGCCUGGGAGUGUUUAAAAGAGUUCCUGCUUGGUGAUUGGACAGAUGGUAUAUUAUGUAGUUUUGGGAUGCCUGUUAUCAAAGGUUCUGAGCGUUACAAUUGUCAAGUGAUAUGUAUGAACAGAAAGAUAAUUAUGAUUCGGGCAAAAAUGUGGCUUGCAAAUGAUGGAAACUAUAGGGAACUUCGUUGGUUUACUGCUUGGAAGCAAAAAGACCAGCUUGAGGAAUUUCAGUUGCCAAGUGAUAUUUCCGAGGCGUUGCAGCAGAAAACAGUUCCUUUUGGUUAUGGCUUCAUGCAAUUUUUGGACACAGCUGUUGCUGCGGAAAUUUGUGAAGAGCUUUUUACUCCAAUUCCUCCUCACACGGAGCUUGCACUAAAUGGCGUCGAAGUAUUUAUGAAUGCUAGUGGUAGCCAUCACCAACUAAGAAAGCUUGACAUUCGCAUCCGUGCUUUUAUUGGUGCAACACACACUCGUGGUGGUGUUUACAUGUAUAGUAAUCAUCAGGGCUGUGAUGGAGGCCGCCUCUAUUAUGAUGGAUGUGCUUGUGUUGUUGUUAAUGGAGACGUAGUAGCACAAGGGUCACAAUUCUCAUUAAAGGAUGUCGAGGUGGUGGUUGCUCAAAUAGAUCUAGACGCAGUCGCUAGUCUUAGAGGAUCCAUAAGUAGUUUCCAAGAGCAAGCAAGUUGUAAACGAUCUGUUUCCUUUGUAGAUGUGCCGUACAAGCUUUGUCAGCCUUUUAACCUUCAGAUGUCUCUUUCAAGUCCAUUGAAGGAGAUUAUAUAUCACUUACCUGAGGAAGAAAUAGCUUUUGGACCUGGUUGCUGGCUUUGGGAUUACCUACGAAGAAGUGGGGCUUCUGGUUUCCUUCUUCCACUUUCUGGUGGAGCCGAUAGCUCUUCAGUAGCUGGCAUCGUUGGAUGCAUGUGUCAGCUUGUAGUAAAAGAGAUCGCAAAUGGAGACGAACAAGUAAAGGCUGAUGCUGUAAGAAUUGGACAUUACACUGAUGGAAAAUUCCCUACUGACAGCAAGGAAUUUGCUAAACGCAUAUUUUACACUGUUUACAUGGGGACUGAAAACAGUUCUGAUGCCACACGGUCGCGGGCCAAGCUGCUUGCUGAUGAAAUUGGAUCAUGGCAUCUUGAUGUUUCCAUAGACACUGUGGUAUCUGCCUUCCUAUCUUUAUUUCAGACACUCACCGGGAAGCGUCCUCGUUACAAGGUAGAUGGGGGAUCAAACAUUGAAAAUUUAGGGCUCCAAAACAUACAAGCUCGCAUUAGAAUGGUUUUGGCAUUUAUGUUGGCAUCAUUGUUGCCAUGGGUUCAUAGCAAACCUGGGUUCUAUCUUGUGUUGGGUAGCUCCAAUGUGGAUGAAGGGUUACGUGGUUACCUAACUAAGUAUGAUUGCAGUUCUGCUGAUAUAAAUCCAAUUGGAAGUAUUAGUAAGCAGGAUCUUCGAAUAUUUCUGCGGUGGGCUGCCAUCCAUCUUGGUUUCUCAUCUUUAGCAGAAAUAGAAGCUGCUCCACCAACUGCUGAGCUAGAGCCUAUACGAUCCAAUUACAGCCAGCUGGAUGAAGUGGACAUGGGAAUGACAUACGAGGAACUUUCAGUUUAUGGAAGGUUGAGGAAGAUAUUCCGAUGCGGUCCUGUGUCCAUGUUCAAGAAUCUAUGUUUUGGUUGGGGCUCUAAACUUAGUCCUUCUGAGGUAGCUGAUAAAGUGAAGCACUUCUUCAAAUACUAUUCCAUCAAUCGACACAAGAUGACUGUAUUAACACCUUCCUAUCAUGCUGAGAGUUAUUCACCAGAAGACAACAGAUUUGAUCUUCGACAGUUCCUGUAUAAUUCAAGAUGGCCAUACCAGUUUCGCAAAAUAGAUGAACUUGUGAAUGAGCUUAGUGUCGAUAAAGAUGCAUCUACCUCAAAUGGUGUUGGAAUUGUAGCAGCUGGUUCAGCCAAUCCAAAAGCCGGUCUCUAGAAAUUAAGGUCAUGCAAUUUAUUUAAAUGGCUCAAACUGACAACCACCAUGCAUGUACUUGUGCAUAGUUUUAGGUUUGAUACAUAUUACCCACAACUUUUAGGUUUUAUCUUUUCUUGUUUGAAAAAAAGGAAGAAAAGGGGUUCGUAUAGAUUUAUAUAGUUUUUUUAAUGGAAUAAUCAUAAAGGAUUAAGAUGUACUCAUGUCUGAUCCAAAAUCUGUGCUUCUCAUCUAUGGACAUAUCAUAAAGAAAUUUUUUUGGUUUGUAAGUUAUAAAUGUUACGUUCAAACAACAUCAAUUACACAUUUCUUAAACUAUGUAUAUUUUUACUCACAGACAACAAUAUGUUGAGAUGAAAUUCUUUCUUUUUUGAA